AUGAAUCACAUUAUCUCUUGGAACAAAGACAAUUAUAUCACUGAAGACUAUAUUUCAACCAGUAAGAAUGAACAAUGGAUAUUCAAGUCUAAGGGAAACAUAAAAAGUGGUACCAUUUUAUUUCAAUUAAAUAAAACAUGUCUUUUUAGUGGUAAAAACUGUACAGUCUCAACCUUGCUUGAUUCAAGUGAGGAUGAAAUGUUUAAAAUUGUUGUUGGUUUUAUUUAUGAAAUAUUCAUCUUUGGCCCAAAAAAUAGUCAAUGGUACGAUUAUUUAUCUCCAUUAAUUAUAUACUAUAACCAAUACAAGAAUACUGACAAUCGUUCUACUAGAAAGAGACAUACUGAAUGGGAAAAGAAAUUUUAUUCUUACUACACUCUGUGGAAACAACAAUUUGGAUGGGAAUUUAUUGACAAUGAUAGUAAUAUGAUAGAUUUUAAAGUUAUUUCUAAUUUCAUUGAAUCAGCUAUUGUUAUGAUAGAUUGUUGGAUAGGUCCAUGCUUGCUACCUGGUGGAAUCAUCCCUUCAAAGACUGGUCUUAAUACGUGUAAUUCAACUUUAAUAACUUUACAAGAUGUGUGUACUCUAUGUGGUGAAGAAGACUGUUUUUGCGAAGAAGAAAGUGGAAGUGAAAAUGAAGAUAGAAGUGAGGAUGAAGUUGAGGAUGAUAUCAAUGAAGUGAAUGAAAAUGUAGAAGAAGAAGAAGAAGAAGAAGAUUCUGAUAUUAUAAAGAAAGAUUGUAUUACAAUUGUCGCUGGAAGUGAUACUACUGAUGGUAAUAUAAUUUCAUUAAAUCCCGAUUCUACUUUGACAAUUCAUGUUUUGGACACUUCUGAACUUCAAUAUUCUAAUCUUUUUGACCUUAACAAUACUGAGCAACAACCAGUUUGGCUAGAUGAAGAUGGAACCCCAUCAGAUUGGCUCUUAUAUCAAUUAGAUCCAUAUUCUGAAUUAACUGAUUAUCAAUUAAAUAUAAAGCUAAAAAAUAUCAUUCUCCAUAAACUUAUAGAGUUAAAAAAUCAAGACAUUUCUAAAAAUGAAAAAUCUUAUAUUAUUUUAAGGAAAGCCUUAAAAAAUUAUUAUAGAUAA